AUGGCAGCCAUAAUUCAUAACAAUGAUCAGAUUACACCUCCUACCAACAUUUUUUUCCUCUCUACUUACUUUCAUUCUCUUUCCCAAACCCCACAAAGGCUAAGGAAGAGGGUUCUAGCCACAUGGACACCAGACCAGGAGCUCAACCAAAUGAGACUAAGGUCUGGUGCUGACAUGAAGAGAAAACUCACAUGGUAUGACCUUAUUGCUCUUGGGGUUGGUGGUAUGCUCGGUGUUGGGGUCUUCGUGACGACCGGCCCUGUGGCUAGAGAUAAAUCCGGUCCUGCUGUUCUUGUGUCAUAUGUCAUUGCUGGAAUAUCAGCUCUCUUCUCUUCCUUGUGUUACACUGAGUUCUCAAUCCAAAUUCCUGUUGCUGGUGGUGCCUUCAGUUAUCUUAGAGUAACUUUUGGAGAAUUUGUGGGUUAUUUUGCUGGGGCAAAUAUAUUGAUGGAGUACGUGUUAUCAAAUGCCGCCAUUGCAAGAAGUUUCACGGAGUAUCUGUGUACUACUUUUGGGCAGGAAGAUCCAAACGCAUGGCGAGUUGAAGUAGAUGGCUUGAUGGAAGGUUACAACAUGUUGGAUUUCCCAGCUGUUGCUCUCACUGUUCUUCUUACUCUUUCCCUAUGUCGAAGCACCAAGGAGAGCUCCAUGCUAAACAUUGUAAUGACAAUAUUUCAUGUGCUUUUCUUUGGAUUCAUUAUAAUCGCGGGUAUAUGCUACGGGAGCACAGAAAAUUUAGUUCAGCCAGAAGGGUUAGCUCCUUAUGGUAUGAAAGGAGUCAUCGAUGGAGCAGCCAUCGUUUAUUUUAGCUACAUCGGCUACGAUUCUGUUUCCACAAUGGCUGAAGAGAUCAGAAACCCAUCGAAGAGCCUUCCAUUGGGGAUAGUUGGCUCAGUUCUAAUUGUCUCUGUGCUCUAUUGUCUUAUGGCUUUGUCUUUGUGCAUGAUGGUACCCUAUAAUAAGAUAUCGAGUAGUGCGUCAUUUUCGGUUGCUUUCCAAAACAUCGGGUGGAAGUGGGCUAGCAACAUUGUUGGAGCAGGCGCUAGUUUGGGAAUUGUGGCAUCUCUUCUCGUAGCAAUGCUUGGCCAAGCUAGGUAUUUGUGUGUCAUUGGUAGAGCUCGGCUGGUGCCAUCUUGGUUCGCUAAGGUGCACCCUAUAACGGGCACCCCUCAAAAUGCAACGAUCUUUUUAGGGUUCUGUCAAGCAUCAAUAGCACUGUUCACAGAACUCAACAUUGUGCUAGAGAUGAUCUCAAUUGGCACCCUUUUCGUGUUUUACCUAGUGGCCAAUGCGUUGAUCUAUCACCGGUAUGCCAUCAAAGCCAACAAUUCACCAACCUACACCCUCGUCUUCCUAUUCCUCCUCUCAAGCGCCUCCAUCGGCUUCUCCCUCUCUUGGAACUUCAACCACCAACAACGGUGGGGAUUACCACUAUUUGGCGUUUGUGUGAUCUCCAUCACUGCAAUUUUCCAGUACUUGAUGCCAUGUGGUGGUAGCCAGGACCGGCCAAAUCAUGAGUGGCAGGUACCAUUCAUGCCAUGGCCAGCUGCCCUUUCCAUAUUUUUGAAUGUAUUUCUUAUGGCCACUUUGAGAAAGUUGUCAUACGAGAGGUUUGGUGUGUGGGCAUGUUUGAUAACUUUGUUUUAUUUGCUGUAUGGUGUUCAUUCAACAUAUCAAGCUGAAGAAAUGGAAAUAGAGGGUGGGGGUGGUAAUAUGAGAGUACAUCGUCCCAAUUCAAAUGGAGAACAACCUAAGGUUGAUAUUCAAGUACUUUAA